AUGCAUCAUCGCCGCACAUCGGCAGAGCUACAUGCGCAAAAUGUCAUCCAGAAGACGCAGUGGAUAGGGACGUACGAGCAACGACGAAACCGGUCCUCUUUUUUGGCAACAUUGCAUCUGGGAACCAGGUGAUGAAGGAUGGUCAGACACGCGAUAAAUACAGUCAGGAGCUGGGAGGCGUCCUGUGCUUCGAGAUGGAGGCGGCCGGUCUGAUGAACAAUUUCCCUUGUAUCGUCGUUCGUGGCAUCUGCGACUAUGCAGACGCGCACAAGAACAAGCGGUGGCAACCAUACGCAGCAGCGACAGCAGCAGCAUACGCUAAAGAGCUGCUUAACACCAUCCCGCCGCUAACGUCUAGCAAUCUAGAUAAGGCAGAGGAUUCUUAUCAGAAACCCCACUUCAUCGUACCAUUUGGACGAAACGAAAACUUCGUUGGCAGAGAUGCGAUCUUGACGCGCCUCCGGGAUCGGAUACCUCCGAGUGCCAACAAAGACGCUUGUCAGAAGACUGCGAUUGUGGGUCUUGGGGGGAUUGGCAAGACACAGGUCGCGAUCGAAGCCGCCUAUCGCGUUCGCGAUGCACACCCAGACUGCUCCGUUUUCUGGGUUCCGGCUGUAAACACAGUCAUGUUUGAGAAUGCAUGUCGUGAAAUCGGCCGGGCGCUCAACAUCCAAGAUAUUGAAGAUGACCAGGCAGAUGUCAAAGGCUUGGUAAAGGCUACAUUAGAACGUGAUAAUUCUAACAGCUGGCUUUUGAUCGUCGAUAACGCCGACGACACAGAGCUGCUGUUUACAAGCUCCAAGCUAAUGAGCUAUCUCCCCUCUAGUCGGAAGGGCUCUAUCCUGCUGACAACGCGAAACCAUCAGGCCGCAGCAAGAUUCAGUCGUUGUCUCCUUAUGCCCCUAGAGGAGAUGGAUACAAUGGAAGCCAAUAACCUCCUGCGCAAGGGCUUGGAUGAGAGCCAGGUUAGCGACAGUCAAAGCAUGACACAAUUGCUUGAGUACCUCGCCUACUUGCCCUUAGCCAUACGACAGGCAUCGGCUUACAUGUCUUCUAACAAAAACGUGACUAUAUCCAAAUACCUUGGAUAUUGCGAGGCUAGUAACGAUAAGAUGUUAAAGCUGUUGAGCAAGGACUUCGAUGACCAAGAUCGAUACGGGGAUAUUCGGAACCCAGUGGCCACAACGUGGCUGAUCUCCUUUGAUCACAUCUCUAGAGAUAACACACUUGCGGCAAAGUACCUCAGUUUCAUGUGUUAUCUCGCAGAAAAAGAUAUUCCAAGAGCUCUUUUGCCCCCCGAAGAGGACAGAAUGGAUGCGGACGACGAAAUGAAUGCCGAUGAAGCAAUAAGUACGCUGAUAGCCUACGCCUUCAUUCUGCAGCGGGAUACUGCGGAUAGGUUUGAUAUCCAUCGACUUGUGCGUCUGGUGAUGCGUAACUGGCUAAGGGAGCAGGGGAAAGAAGAAGAGCAGGUGACAGAGACGAUUUACUGGCUUUGCGAGAGGUUCCCUUGGCCAAACCACAGGAAUAAAGAUGUGUGGAUGGCCUACUUACCGCAUACGCAAGCGGCGCUCCAAGUAAGAGAUUGGUGCACAGACGACAGGGCGUUAUGGGAUCUGCUGUCUAGUGCAGGAGAAGGUAACUACCUGCUUGGGAAGUAUGGCCAGGCAGAGCAGAUGCAUCGACAGACACUAGAGCUGAGUGUGAAGGUGCUGGGACCAGAGAAUCCCGACACACUUAUCAGCAUGGAUAACCUGGCACUCGUGCUUCGAAGCCAGGGGAAGUACGACGAGGCAGAGCAGAUACAUCGACAGACACUAGAGCUGAGCGUGAAGGUGCUGGGACCAGAGAAUCCCGACACACUUAUCAGCAUGGAUAACCUGGCACGAGUGCUUCGAAGCCAGGGGAAGUACGACGAGGCAGAGCAGAUACAUCGACAGACACUAGAGCUGAGCGUGAAGGUGCUGGGACCAGAGAAUCCCGACACACUUACCAGCAUGAACAACCUGGCACGAGUGCUUGGAAGCCAGGGGAAGUACGAUGAGGCAGAGCAAAUAUAUCGACAGACACUGGAGCUAAGCGAGAAGGUGCUGGGACCAGAGAAUCCCGACACACUUAUCAGCAUGAACAACCUGGCAGGAGUGCUUGAAAGUCAGGGGAAGUACGAUGAGGCGGAGCAGAUGCAUCGGCAGACACUAGAGCUGAGUGUGACAAAUAGGGAUAUGUUCCACGUCAGCAGGACCGCGGGCAACUAUAGGUCUCAGGACCAUAUCGAGUGGAAGAGACCACUGAGUUUUCUUAACAUCUCCACACAUACGCCAAAGAGGAAGGUUAUAGGAUCGGCAUAUCCUUUAAACCUUAGAAUAGAGAAUAACCUACACGUUAGUUUAGAAGUUUGGACGGACUCUAGUUCUACGGCCUCGGUAGACUGAAUCUGCUAUAGUAUUUGUCACGAUAUCCUUAUAGUGUAAGUCAAUUCUGCCUAGAUAGCCCUUGCCCAGCUUUGUCAGCGAUUCUUAACUUAAUAAGUUAUAUUGCGGGGAAAUAUACUUGGAGAAUUUAAGGAACUUUUUACCUUAUAACCCCAUUGUAUACGGCAGGCUCUCAGCGAAUAUCAUAAUCUGAGGGGCUAUCUGAAAUUAGCGAAAGCGGCUGAUCCUGUAUGACGUAUGAUCGGUGGGGCUGGAGAGGUGUAUGUAAUCAGGUGGAAAUAAGUGGUAUAAAACCGAGACCGCACUUUAUUAUCACCGCC